UACAAAAAUGACAACCGCACUUAUUAACGCACUCAGUAUCCUUACCAAACCGAUUGGAGAUACAUAUGGAAGCAACAAACAGCCCACACAGCAGGGGGCUCUUCUUGCCGCGCUCCAGGUAAACCAAGCUCAGCUGCUUGAGCGUUUAAAAGUGGACCAGGAACUGGAGGAAGUUCGCCACCUGCUGGUAAAAGUUAAGAAUGACGUGUCAUGGAUCUACGACGACACUCCGGACCAAACGUGGGCAUUUGUCCAAGAAUGCCUCCUUCUGCUGGUCUGUCUGGCACAACACCUCACUAGACUCCUGGAGGACUUCAACAAGUCUCCGUGCUCCACAGCACAGAAUCCACGCACUCCAGAGGCUGCCCCUCCGCUGCCUCCAGACGUCCUCAGUGUGUCACAGCAGAAGACCCUGACCUCUGUGCUCCAGUUUGUAGUUACUCUGGGUCUCUGUCCGUACUUGGCCCCAGGAGUGGGUGUUGCACUGGGGCUCAGGUCAGCUUUCGGGGCCGCUGUGGAAGGGGCUGUGCGUCGCGACGUGGCCCCCCCGUGUGAACAGAGGCUUCUCGUGACCACAAAUGUUCUUCUGGAAAUUUCUGAGCUUUCAUCCCUUGCUGCUCUGGUUUAUACACGUCACCUGGGAGACCUCAUGGCAGCCCUUGCUCAGUUAGGCUAUCGUCCGCAGCGGACUGGAGAAGACAGCACAGAAUGCAAUACAAAGGGACUGGCUGUCGACGAACGACGGAGGUGUAGGGAUGCGCUGCAGUGUCUUCUGGGAAAAGUGUACCAGCCAAUAAUCAUCAAGGAGCUGCUUGUUCUGCAAGGAGGUCCCAAGCAGGUAACGCUUAGGGCACUGACCCAGGCUCCGCCCUGGCUCCGUCGUCUGUGUGGGCAGCUGCUCUCUGAUAGGCUGAUGCAGCCCAAUGGGGUCCAGGCUGUUGUGCGGGCCAUUCUGGAAGGUUCUGGAGGGGGAGACUCUGACUGGAGAAAGUGUGAUGCUGUGGCUAAGAUCCUGGCAGUCUGCCCACAACAGUCCCUUUCAGUGGAGAAUUACUACAGCCGAGUUUGCCCUCAGGUCCUGGAGCUCUUGCAUUUCAGGGACAAGCUUACAGCACAGCAGUUUCAGCGAGUGGCCACUAGGGCGGCGCUCGCUAUCGUUCAGGAUCGGCCUGAGUUUGCCCAGCGCUACCUGCUGAGUCCUCUCCUCUCUCCCCUGCAGUGCUGUAUGACAGAAACAGUGACAGACCCAUCUCAGGAUGUUGUACAGGAGGCAGAGCUGACUCGUUGUAUUGAGGACGUGUAUAAAAUCUUUGUGGUCGGGAACAGUCCAUCUGAGCCACUGCUAAGGGCUCUGGGAAAUGUAGUUCCCAUCAUCUUUGCCCUAUACUCCUUCACCAAGCAAAAUGCUUCCCAUUUGCGUGGCCCCUGUCAAGAGAUUCUGUUGUGGUACCUGUUGAAUUCCGAACCCUCAUUGGCUCUCUCGGCACUGAAACGGCUGUGUGGCGUAGAGGGAGAAGUGGGCGGAGUCUCACCAAACCUUCAAUUCUCACCUGGCAGUGAGGGAGGGGUCAGAGUUACCCACAGAGAACCAGUCAGUGAUGAAGAUGACGCUCUGUAUGAGAAGGUAUCUGGGGAGCAGUGGAGGGUGGAGUGUCUGGUCCAGCUCUUGGCUGAGAUGAAGGACAGUGAUUUGCCCGGAGACUUUUUCCUGCUGUUGCUGCAGGCUCUGACCGACUGGGUGGCCGAACAGGAUGUGGAAGUGGAGGUGGACACUUCAGCCAUGACACUACUGGAGCUGGAGCAUCACUUGUUGGGGCGUGUCAGUGGGCGUGGCCAGAAGCUGGCCGUCCUUCAGGUUUUGGCAGUCAUGUGUGAAGGGCUCCCACACACGAUACUGCUCCGCAAGCCAACUCAGGUGGUGGAGUUCAUUCUGUCCAUGUUGCAGAGGGCAAGUGUGUGUCUACAGAGUGGCAGAGAGGGGGCGGUAGAGAGCCAGACUCUCAGCAUGGCCAUGGGUUUGGUGGCUAUGCUGCUGUCUGGAGCCACUGAGCUGAAUUCUGAAGAUUACUCCGCCAUGGCCCAGCUGUUACCUCCGCUGGAGCAGAUCUCCCUCCUGCAUCCGGAGCCUGUGAUCCAGGAGCUAGCCACGGACCUGCGCUCCACCAUCGCCACCAGAGGGGCGUACCGGCCAGACUCAGUGUCCAGCGCUGCCCGUCGCCCGGGCGAUAGCGCCGCGGCUAAAUCACCCGCUCGGCCGGCAGGCCGAGCCGUGGACUCUAAUCCGGCCAGGAUGCCCUCGGUAAAAUCCCAGCAGAGCCAGAAAACUCACCCGUCCCAACACGACGAGGCUUCACGGAGCUCACAGGCCGCCGGCCGCGGUGCACCCGCCUCUCGGAAUACCGCUGUCCCCACCGCCGCCAGCCAGCCUGGCCAGAGUGGUUACGCCGCCCGAAACGCAUCGCCCGAACCCGGUCACAGCGAUGGAGCGACCCCAACAACCAAAGGCAUACCUGAUCAUCCAGACGCCACGGAUCAAGUCUCUCCACCUGACCCCCGCAGUAAGGCUUUCUCACAGUGCCUGUUAGAGGCCUGUGAUCCAGAUGUGCCGACCCGAGCUAUGGCCCUACGCACCCUGACCAAGGCAGUAAGAGAGGGCGACAAAGAGGCACUGCAGGGGAAGGAGAAGAUCCUGAUGCUGUUCCUGGAGAACCUGCGGCAUGAAGAUUCGUUUGUGUACCUCUCUUCCAUACAAGGGCUGGCAUCGUUGGCGGACGCGUUUCCGGAGCAGGUCCUGCAGAGGCUGCUGGGGGAGUACGAGAGAGACCCGUCGGGGGGAAGAGAGCAUUCUGUGGAGACACGCCUUAAAGUCGGGGAGGCUUUGAUGAGGGCGAGUCGAGCCAUGGGUGACUUGGCGCCGCACUACGGGCGUCCUCUGAUUGGCGCGUUCUUAAGAGGGACGCGGGAUGAAGACGGCAGCGUCCGCGCCAGCUGCCUCUCCAACCUGGGUGAAGUCUGCCAACAGCUCCACUUCUCUCUGGGCCCGUUGGCACAGGAGCUGAGCUCAUGUCUCACAGCUCUGAUAAAGACAGAGCGAGAAGCAGAGGUACGCAGAGCAGCGGUCCACGUCAUCACACUGCUACUGAGGGGCCUGGCUGAAAAAACCACUCAGGUUCUGGGGGAUGUUCUGUUGGACCUGUAUCGGGCUCUGAAGUGGGUGGUUCGCUCAGACCGGGAUGAUGUGGCAGUGCUCCACGCACAGAUCGCUCUGGAAGAGCUGGAUGACGUCAUGAGGAAGUUUAUCUUUCCUCAGCAGAAACUGGAGAAAAAGAUCGUGGUUUUGCCCUGAGACUAAACAUGGGCCGAUUUUUCAAACGCCAAGCAGC